AUGAGCCAAAAAGAUCAGCUUCUGAGUAGGCUUUAUGCUAAACCAGUAGCAUCAAAGGCUCCAAAAGGUCUUAUUCCAAAGAAUCCUGAUCAAAUUUCACCGACAUUAAAAACAUCUCGAUUAGAAAAUAAGACAGAUACCGUUGUUGUUCCAGGCUUGCGCAUACCUGAAGAUAUAAAUUCACGAACUACAGGUGGAUUACCAACAGGUACAUCAAGACCUGCAACAGCAACUGGAUAUCGCGCUCCACCAACUCCUCUGACCGCAAAUUCUACAAUGUCACGACCUCCAACAGCAUUAAAUUCAGUAAGAUUCGGAAAUACGCCAAGAACACCUAAAACUAAUGAGGCAAUUACUCCAUCACUUGCGUUAUCUGGGGUUAGCAUUCCGCAUGAGACGCCUGUUCAAAUACCAACAUCACGAGCACGUCCUCGAUCAUACAUAUCUAAUGAUGUUAGGCCUUCAACUGCAUUAGAUAGAUCUGAUUCGAAAUACUCUCGAUCUAAUGUCACAUCAAAAGCAGCAUCAGCUCGAAGACCAGAAUCGUCUUUUGCAACUUCAUCACCUAUUUCAGCAAGAAGAGAAAAGCCAGAAUUUACAAUUCCAAAGACAGCUACACCUCAAGCUGAAGAGCCAGAAGUACCAUACACUCUAUUUAGACUCAAAAAAUCCAAUAAUGUUGCUCAAAUUCCGGAUGAUCUUGAAAGAUUCAAGAUGGAUGAAUUUUACACAAGCGCAAUCUCAGACGAUUUAUGGAAUGAUCAACGAUAUAUAUUUUACUAUAUACGCCUUAUCAAGCAAAAGAAACUUGAUGAAGAAUUUUUAUACUUCCAUUCAACUCCUCCGACUGCAAUAGAACCAGAAAAUGUUUAUUUCCUAAGAGUUACAAGUCCAAACGUCGUUAAUUGGCAAAAUUAUUAUACUUUAUCAGCAGAUGGUGUUACAUCUUACAAAGGAGGCAAGGUUGAGUUUACAAAACUUGCACAGUGGGUAAGAGAAUGCACAAUAUUCAUACAAAUCAAGAACCAAAAGUUCUUCCAUCAAUACGAAAAAUGGAGAUCAUUUACGUUAUUAAGAACAAUUACUCUUAAGCACGGAAUUACUCAUUCACAGACAAAGAUGUCAUCCGAACUAUUCAUUGUCGAUGCAAUUUUACGUCAUGCAGUCUUAGAUCUUCAAAAAGUUUGCAAUCAAGUUUUAUAUCAGUCUCUUGUUGAUGUAAAAUCUAGCCAAUCACUAACAUUACAGCAAUUUGUUGAUAGGCAAAACGAACACCUUGAAAAAGUUAGAGUUAUCGUUACAGAUUUAAUCGAAUCUGCCAGAACAUCAAUUGUCCACGCUUGUGAUGUAACAUAUGAAGCGACAGGUUCAUCACACGACUCUUUAAAGAAGAAGCAAAAGAAGAAAGAGAAAAAAGAAGACGAUACAGAAGAAGUUAAGCCUAAAAAAGUUUCUGCACAAGCAAAGAAAGAAAAACCAACAAGAAGCUCAGAUAUGAUGGUUUAUACACAACUUGCUACACAAAGAUUCUGCUACAAGAGGCUUUCAAGGUUCAUCAGAUUAUGUGAUUACAUGUUAAUCCAUUGCUUGUAUUCUUUUGUUAUCAAAAGUAUUACAGAACUUGUAGACUUCCUUGCACCACGUGCAAAUAGCCAAGGAGGUGAUAUAACAAGGUUAUCAAUUAAUAUGAUAAUUGAAGAUCAAAAAUUAGCUUUCAGUCCUAACCUCGAAACAACAAGAUCUCAAAUUAUUGAGGUCUGGGAACUUCUUCUCCAGUUUGCUUUUUCAAUUCCGACAUUUUCUGAACACGCAUCUCUUUCUCAGUAUUAUGCAGCGUAUGGAUGGAGUGAAUAUGUUGUUCCUUUAUCCAAGAUCAUGCAUAAUUCAUUGGAAUAUAGAGAGCUCAGUACAGAAAUGAUCACAAGAAUAGAGAAUGCAUAUAGUUUGGCAACGAAGAAAAUCGAAGAUUAUGUUCCAUUUCUUACUGCUUAUUUCGAAAAUGUCGAAUUCAAUGUUGAUAAAGUCAGAGCAGAAGAUCCUAAAGCAGAUUAUUACAAUGAAAAAAUCGAAUUAUAUAGAAAGGAAAUCAAAGAAAUGGACGCUUUGGAAAGAAACACACAAGUUGAUUUAUUACUUGUCAUUCUUUCUCAAUUUUGUGAUAGAAUUAAACCAAGUCCUCGUCGUUGUUUACAAGCACUUAAUGCAGCAAUCCCUGUUAUUGCUGAAACAAAAGUUACUGCAUUACAAGAAACAGUUGAUGAAUCAUUACGAACUCUUAGAAAUGAUCCACAAACAAUCCAUGUUUUCGUUUCCCAACUUGAAUUCAGAAGACAAACAUCUAAAAACAUGGAAACAAUAAGACAAACAUAUAAAGAAAUCAGUGAUUUCUAUGCUUUGAUACAGAACCAAUCAAUUACUGUCGCUGAUGAUCAAGUAUUGAAUUGGAGACAAUUAGGACAAUUCAUACAACAACUUGAGACAUUGUUACAAUCAAUGAACGAAGAAGAAGACAACAAGAUCAAGAAAUGGUCACCAAGCAUUGCACAAUUGUUAUCAGAUUUGUCAAAGGAAUUCGUGGAAAUGCAUUCCAGUCUACAAAACGAAAAAGUUAUGUCUGUCGAUGCAUAUCCACAAGAUAACAUCCAAUAUUUGUCGAAAUUACAGACAAAAUUGGACGAAUUAAGAGACAGAUCAGAAGAAAUUCAAAGAUAUCAAAGAUCUCUUCAAAUCAAAGUUAGUCCUAUUGACGAACUUACACAAAUCACACAAGAAUUCAAUGUCAGAAUGUUGCUUUGGACAUCAUACAGAGAUUGGCAGAUUCUCACGAAGAAAUGGUUGCCAAGUCCAUUCAAGACAAUCGAUGUCGAAAACAUGACAGAAGAAUUACAAAAAUACACAAGAAUUUCAAUGCAAAUUACAAGUGGAAUGCCAAAUCAUCCUUUGGGACCAACAUUCAAGGCUUCAGUCAAUUCAUUCAACGAAAUACUUCCUGUUAUUGUCGCAUUCACUAAUCCAAACUUGACACCAAUGCAUUGGCAAAAGAUAGAAUCAUUAACAGGAAUUCAACGUCUUAAUGAAGCGACAUAUUCACUUAAUUUCUUGAUUGAUAAACAUAUUUCUAGUUUCUCGGAAAGCAUCGAAUCAAUUGCGAACGAUGCAACAAACGAAGCUGCUCUUCUCAAGGCUUUGCGCGAGAUCGAAGCAACAUGGGACAAAGUCGAAUUCACAAUGGUCCCUCACAAAGACAUCAAAGACUUUUAUCUCGUUGGAUCUCUCGAUGAAGUUAUCGCUUUACUCGAAGAAUCACAAGUACAAUUAUCUACUAUCAGAUCAUCAAGAUAUGUUGGUGCCAUCAAAUCACAAGUUGAUGAUUAUUCAAAGGCUAUGAAUGGUCUUGCCAAAUGCCUUGAUUACAUCACACAAUUCCAAAUUGCUUUCAACAGUUUGUCAAAAGUUUUCAGUUCAUCUGAUAUCCAACGUGAAUUGGCAACAGAAACAAAGGAAUUGUCAACAAUAGAAAGACAAUACAAGGCAUGGGGUUUGCAUGCAAGAGAUUCUCCAAGAGUUUAUAAGCUUUGCGCAAACCAAAAAGCCGUUUCAGUGUUCGAAGGAUAUAUCCAGAAAACAGAUGAAAUACAAAAAGCUCUUGAAGCAUUCUUACAGAAAAAGAGAACAGCAUUUCCAAGAUUUUACUUCCUUUCCAACGAGAACCUUCUCAAGAUCUUUGCAGAAGCAAGAAAUCCAAAAGCUGUUCAACCAUUCUUACAAAAAUUGUUCGAAGGCAUCCAAACAUUACGGUUCUCCGCAAACUGCCAAGAUAUUUUGUCGAUGACUUCUGCGGAAGGAGAAGUUGUCACAUUGACAAAGACACAAACUCUUGGUGCAAUCGAAGGAUGGAUGUCGAAUAUGGAGAAAUCAAUGAAACUAUCAAUAAACAGAGUAUUAAAGAACGGAAGAAACACUUAUGUAGACGAGCAAAGAACAGCAUGGUUACAACAGAAUCCUGCUCAAGUUGUUUCUGUUAUUACACAGAUCAAUUUCGCAAUGCAAGUUGAAGAAGCUUUAUCACAAGAAGAUCCAAUCAAAGCUCUCAACGAAUUGCGUGAGAAACAAGAGAAACAACUUGUCGAUCUUGCUGAUUUAGUAAGAACAAAACUAUCAAGAGCUAUUCAUUCAUCAAUUGUUGCUUUGAUUACUUUGGAUGUCCAUUCAAGAGAUAUUGUCACAGAAUUAAUUGAUGCAGAAGUUAAAUCUGUUGAUGAUUUCGAGUGGACAAGAAGACUCAGAUAUUAUUGGGAUGAAGAUUCAAACAGAGUACAAAUACACCAAGCAAAUGCAAAUAUCGAAUACGGUUACGAAUAUCUUGGUGCAACAUCAAGGUUAGUUGUAACUCCUUUGACAGAAAGAUGCUAUUUAACAUUGACAAGUGCCGCACAGUUCUUCCUCGGUGGUUCACCAGCAGGUCCUGCAGGUACAGGUAAAACAGAAACAGUUAAAGAUCUCGCAAAGGCUGUCGGUAACUUCUGCGUAGUUUUCAACUGCUCAGACGCCGUCACAGUCAUUCAAAUGGAAUCUUUCUUCAGUGGUUUGGCACAGUCAGGUGCUUGGGCUUGCUUCGAUGAAUUCAACAGAAUUAACAGUGAAGUUCUUUCUGUUAUUGCAGAGCAAGUUUACGAAGUUCAAUCAGCUGCUGCAGCUGGUUUGACGCAAUUUACUUUCUGCGGACAGACAAUUCCAUUGAAUCCACGUGCAGGAGUUUUCAUCACAAUGAACCCAGGUUACGCAGGUAGAACAGAACUUCCUGAUAACUUGAAAUCAUUGUUCAGACCAAUCUCUAUGAUGGUUCCUGAUUAUUCAAUGAUUGCUGAAGUCGUUUUGUACUCAGAAGGUUUCAACAACGCUAAACAACUUGCUCAAAAGGUUACUCAACUCUACAAACUUUCAAGUGAAAUGCUCAGUCGCCAAAGCCACUACGAUUUCGGUAUGCGUGCACUUAAAUCAGUCUUAGUCAUGGCUGGUGCUUCAAAACGCAGAUCUCCUGAUUUGAAUGAAGAUAUCAUUUUGAUCAGAUCAAUGAGAGAUUCCAACAUUUCCAAGUUGUUAAUUGACGAUUGCAAAUUGUUUGAUGCUAUAAUUGGAGACUUGUUCCCAGGAGUUGAAUUCCAGGACGAAGUUUUCCCAACAUUAGAACAAGCAAUUGCAAAUGUUUACACACAAAAGAAAUUACAACCUUCUCAAUUCCUUACAACAAAAACAAUCCAAUUAUAUCAGACAAUCUUCAUCAGACAUGGUGUUAUGUUGGUUGGUCCAACAGGUGGUGGCAAGACAACAUCAAGAAACAUUCUUGCUGAUGCUUUAGGAUUAAUGGGAAGCCAAGUUGAGUUCAAGGAAUUAAGUCCAAAGUCUGUAACUCUCACAGAUUUAUAUGGUGCUUAUAACUUAGUUACAGGUGACUGGAAGAAUGGUUUAGUUGGAAAGAUGUUUAGCGAAAUGGCUGAGGCAGAUCCUAAAUUACAAGAAUGGAUCAUAUUCGAUGGCCCUGUCGAUGCUUUGUGGAUUGAAAACAUGAACACAGUUUUGGAUGAUAACAAACUUUUGUCACUUGCUAACAGUGAUAGAAUUAAGAUGACAGACCAAAUGCACUUGUUAUUCGAAGUUGGUGACUUAGAACAAGCAUCUCCAGCUACAGUUUCUCGUUGCGGUAUGGUCUAUUACCAACCAGAAGAUUUAGGAUGGCAUCCUUUAGUUGAUGCAUGGAUCCUCAAACAACCAGAAAACAUCAGACCAGUUUACACAGAAUUAUUCGAAAAGGCAUUCGAUCCUGCAAUGAAUUGUCUCCAAGAAAACUGCAAGACAGUUAUCAAACCAGUCAUUUGGAACAUUGCUCAAUCAAUUUGCUCAAUAAUCGAUGCAAUGGUUCAUGAUCAAACCGUUGAUUGGAAUUUCUACAAAGAAGAUGUCAUUGCUAAAGCCGUUUCUCAUAUUUUCGCUUUCGCUGCUGCAUGGGCAUUUGGUGGUAUUAUCACAGAUGGAACUCGUGGAGAUUUCGAUACAUUCAUGAGAGAUAUCUUCGAAAGAAGAAUCAAUUAUCCAACGAGACACAUGAUUUUCGAUUAUUAUCUAGACAUGAAAGAACUCAAAUUCAUUCCAUGGACAGAUUUACUUGCAAAAGAAGAAGUAACAUCUAUCAUUCCUACAUCGGAUACACUUAGAUUCUCUUCGAUUUUGUCAAUGUUAAUCAACAUGAAACGUCCUGUUUUGUUCUUGGGAGAAAGUGGUUGCGGAAAAACAUCAAUAAUCCAAAAUACUCUUCAAAAGAAUAUGAACUCAAUUUACGCAAUCACAUUCACUUUAUCUGCAAGAACAACUGCUGCUCAAUUACAAGAUUUGCUUGAAGCCAAACUUCAAUCAAAACGUAAAACAUUAUAUGGUCCUCCUGAAGGAAAAUCCGCUGUUUUAUUGAUUGAUGAUUUCAAUUUACCAAGACCAGAUACAUAUUGGUCUCAACCUCCAAUAGAAAUCCUCAGACAAGUCAUUAAUUGCAAAGGACUUUACAACAGAGAUGAAUUAUAUUGGUAUGACAUUGAUAAUUUAACAACAGUUGCUGCAGGUAUUACACAAGGUCAUGUUACACCAAGAUUCAUCUCUCGUUUCACAGUUCUUUCUUUGCCAGCACCAAGUGAUAAUGUUUUAACAAGAAUCUUUGGAGAAACACUCAACAGAUUCCUCGCAAAUGGAUUCAUGGAUCCUGUUGUCGGAUUGGCAGAAAGCAUUGUCAAAGCAAGUGUUACAUUUUACAGAAAGGCCAAGGCGGAAUUGUUACCAACACCUUCAAGAAGUCAUUAUACAUUCAACUUGAGAGAUGUCAGCAGAGUUUUCAAAGGCAUCUGUAUGACAAGCAACAAAUCUCUCGCAGAUGUUCCAACAUUCGUUAAGUUGUGGUUCCAUGAAUGUAUGAGAGUUUUCGGAGAUAGAUUGAUUGAUAACAACGAUCGCGAAAAACUCCAACAAAUGAUGUAUGAAAUUUCUAAAUCUACACUCAAAGUUAAAGAAGAUAUUUCAUACUUCUUCGGUGAAACCCCUUUAGUUUUCACAGAUAUCCUUAAAGGAUAUGGAGAUCCAAACAAGAGAAUUUACGAAGAAUCUGCUUCACUGACAAAGACAUCAGCAGCUUUGCAGACAUUUGCGGAAAUCUACAAAUCUCCAAUUGUUCUCUUCAAAGAAUGCAUUGAACACAUUUUGAGAAUCGUAAGAGUUCUUCGCCAACCAGUUGGACACAUGUUAUUAGUUGGUAUGGGAGGAACAGGUAAGAGAACAGCUGCAAGAUUUGCUGCUUUCGUUGCGGAAAUUGAAAUCUUCGGACCACAGCCGGGUAAAGAGUAUGGAUUACCUGAAUUCAGAAAUGAUUUGAGAGGUUUGUUCAAGACUGCUGGUGUUGCAAACAAACCAAUCAUGUUCUUGUUGACUGAUGAACAAAUUGUUGAUGAAUCAUUCUUGGAAGAUAUCAACAACAUUCUUAACAGUGGCGAAGUUCCUGGAUUGUUUGAAAGUGAAGAAUUUGAUCAAAUGGUCAAUGAAUUAGUUCCACAAAUGAAGAAAGCAGGAGAAAGCCUUGGAUAUGAUUCAUUGUGCAGAAGAUUCACACAAAACAUCAUGAACAAUUUACAUGUUGUUUUGGCUUUGAGUCCAAUUGGUGGAUCCUUCAGAGAUAGAUGCAGAAUCUUCCCAUCAUUAGUUUCAUGCUGCACAAUCGAUUGGUACGAUCCAUGGCCAGAUCAAGCUUUGAGAACUGUUGCUGCUGACUUCAUUGAUAAAAUCGAUUUGUCAGAAUUCGGAGAUGUCAAAGAAAAAAUUGCAGAUUUGGCAACAACAGCACAUUCCAUUGUUUGCCAAGCAGCAAAUCAGUUUAAGUCAACUCUCAACAGAGUUUACUACGUUACUCCUGCUGUUUAUGUCGAAUUCUUCGCUUUGUUCAAUGCAACAUUAGCAAAGAGAAAAGGAGAUUUGAACCAGAAGAAAGAACAACUCGAAAAAGGUGUUGAAAAAUUACUUGAAACUAACGAAAAAGUUCAAGAAAUGGAAGGACGGUUGACAACAAUGAGACCACAACUCCAAGUUAAAGCAGAGAACACUGCAAAGAUCCUUGCAAAACUUAAAGUUGAUAGAGAGCAUGUUAAUCAAACGCAUCUUUUGAUUUCAAAGGAAGAAGAAGUUGUCAAGAAAGUUAGAGAAGAAGCAACACAGUUAGCAGAUGAAGCACAAGCUGAUCUUGAUAGGGCUUUGCCUUAUCUUGAGAAUGCUAAAGCAGCUGUCGAAGACUUGAAGAACAAGAAGACAGAUUUAGCCGCAGUUAAAACAUUUGUUAAACCUCCACAAUUGGUUAUCGAAAUCAUGGAAGCUGUUUGUUUGUUAUGUGGAAAGAAUCCUGAUUGGGCAUCUGCCAAACAAUUAUUGUCACAAACAGAUUUCUUCAACAGAUUGCUUGAAAUCCACAAUAAUCCAAUCCAUGAUUCAGUUUUGGACAGAAUCCGUAAAAUGUCUGCAGAUCCAAGGUUCGAACUCUCCAAAGUCAUGGGAGUUUCUCAAUCCGCUGCUUGCUUGUUCAAGUGGGUCACAGCUAUUGAACAAUUCGUUACAGAGAAUACAAAAAUUCAACCAAAGAUCAAGAGGAGAGAUGAAGCCAAAGCCAAACAAGAAGAAGCAGAAAUUAACCUCAAGAAGAAACAAGAAGAAUUGGUUGAAAUUUCCGAAAAACUCGCACAAUUACAACAGGAGUACGACAACUCUGUAAACGAACAGAAAGAACUUCAAGUAAAGAUUGAACAAUGCGAGUACAGAUUGAAGAACGCUUCACAAUUAACAACAGCUUUGGAUAGUGAAAGAGUCAGAUGGUCUGAAAACUUAAAGGAACUCAGAGAACAAGAAAAAUCAUUACUUGGCGAUUCUUUGUUGAUUUCAUUACAUGUUGCUUAUGUUGGUCCAUUCUCGAUGCCAUUUAGACAAACAGUCAUCUCGCAAUGGAUCAAGAAAUUCGAUGAACUCGAAGUAAUUCACACACAGAAUUUCGCUUUAGAAUCUGUUGCUGUUGAUCCAAUUACAUUAAGAGAAUGGCAAGUCAAUGGAUUACCAAAUGAUCAACUAAGUAGACAAAAUGGUGUUUUAGUUACAUCAACAAGAAGAUGGCCUCUUUUGAUUGAUCCUCAAGGACAAGGAAGAUCAUGGUUACUCGCAAACAGUGGAAUUAAAGCUGUGAGAUGUGAUGAUCCUAACUAUACAAGAGAAAUCAUUUCCGCAAUCAAGUUGGGAACAUCAAUUCUCGUUGAAGAUGUUGGAGAAGUUUUGGAUCCAGGUUUACAAUUCAUUUUACUUCCGAAAUUCAAAGUUGCAAGCGGAAGAAAGACUCUCAAAGUUGGUGACAAAUGGAUUGAUUACGAUCCACAAUUCAGAUUGUAUUUGACAACUAAAUUGUCGAAUCCACAAUACCUUCCUGAUGUUUUCAUCCAGUUAUCUGUCAUCAACUUCUCCGUAACUCUUGAAGGUCUUGAAGAACAAUUGCUUUCCGAUGUCGUUUUACACGAAAUGCCAGAACUCGAAAAGCAAAGAUCCGACUUAAUUGUUGCCAUUUCCAAAGAUCAAAAGCAACUUUCACAGCUCAUGUCUCAAAUCCUUCAUUUGUUGUUCACUUCCAAAGGAAACAUUCUUGACAAUGAACAGCUGAUUAAGACAUUGAACGAAGCUAAAUCAACAGCAACACAAGUUGGUGAAAGAUUAAUCGAAUCACAAAAGACAGAGAAAGAAAUUGCAGAGAAAAGAGAAGUUUACAGACCAGUUGCAACACGUGGCUCUGUUUUGUAUUUCGUUGUUUUGGAGUUACCUGGUAUCGAUACAAUGUAUCAGUAUUCUCUCGAAUUCUUCAAGAGAAUCUUUAAUGCUGUACUUGAUAACACAGAAGACAACGACAAUGUCGAAGAAAAAUGCGAUGCAUUUAUCGAACGAACAACUUACGCUGUUUACGCUAAUGUUUCAAGAGGUUUGUUCUCUAAUCACAGACAAGUAUUUGCUUUCUUGAUUGCUACAUGGUUACACAGAUCAACAAAUCAAAUACAAGACGACAUGUGGAAGAUUUUCACACGCGGUCCUCCUGAUGUUGAUCUGGAGAAAUUUGGAGAACCAAAUGAUAAAAUCGAACCUAGAAUUUGGUCUAAAGCUUGCGCAUUAUCAGCUGCAGUUCCAGAGUUUAGAGAUUUACCAUCACUUUUGUGCAGUAGUUAUGAAGAUUUCCAACCAUUCAUUUUCGGUCCAAUCUUCACAUUACCAGCGCCAUUUGAUAAAUUACCAACCUUCAUGAAAUUGAUCUGUGCAACGUGCAUUGCUCGUCGCAAAGUUGUUUCAAUUUCAAGACAAUUAGUUGCAGAAAUUCUUGGUGCUAAAUUCGUUGAAUCAUCAAGUGUUGAUCUCAAUGAAGCAUUUGCUGAUACUUCUAAUGAUACUCCACUCUUGUUCAUCCUUUCACAAGGUGCAGAUCCUCGUGAGACAUUAGAAAGACUUGCAAGUGAACAUGGAGUUUCUUCCAAGCUCCACAUUCUUUCUUUGGGUCAAGGAAGAGGUCCAACAGCUUCCAAACUCGUCAAAGACUCAAAGAGAGAUGGAGACUGGGUAUUCUUACAGAACUGCCAUCUCUGCCCAUCGUUCCUUCCUAAACUCGAACACAUUGUUCAGAAGAUGUCAGCUACUUCUAGUACUUUCCAUUCAGAAUUCAGACUAUUCCUUUCAUCAAUGCCAACUGAAGUCUUCCCAAUUUCCAUCCUCAGAAACUCAGUGAAAGUCACAUCAGAACCACCAAGUGGCAUCAAACCAAAUAUUGGUUUAUUGAUGAACACAUUGUCAUCAGAGAAAUGGGAAGGAUGUCCUAAAUCUCGUCCAUGGAAGAAACUUGUUUAUUCCAUUGCAGUUUUCCAUGCAACAAUACAAGAAAGAAAACGCUAUGGAUCUCUUGGUUUCAACAAGACAUACGAGUGGAAUACAAGCGAUUUUUCAAUUGCUACAAAGUUCCUUCUUCAGUUCUUGACACAACAAGACCAAGUCCCAUGGCAAGCUCUCAAGACAAUGAUUGGAGGAGUUGUUUAUGGUGGUCGUGUUACAGAUGAUUGGGAUAGAAGAUGCAUGAAUGCAAUUCUCGAUAAAUUCCUUGAUCCUAACGCUUUGGAAGACAAUUUCUAUUUCGAUUCAGAUAAUUUAUAUUCUUCCAUUCCUUUGUGCGACUUCACAGGUGUUUUUGAUCAUAUUUCCAAUCUUCCUAACGAUGAUUCUCCAUCAAUCUUCGGUUUGCAUCCAACAGCUCUCAACGCUCUCAAUCUUAGAAUGUCUGAGCAGAUGAUGACAUGGGUUUUGAAUGUCCAACCUCGCGAUGCAGGUGGAGAAUCAGCAUCCAAAGAUGAUGAAAUGGUUGUUGCAUUGGCUGAACAAUUGGACACAAGUUUGAUUUCAGAAAUCAAUCUUAAAGGUGCAAGUCCAUCAAUUGUCGGAGAAGAAGGAAGCGAAGAAACUGAUCAACCACCUAAUUCUAUGACUGUUGUUUUGUUCCAAGAAAUGGAGAGAUACAACAAACUCAUCAAAGUCAUCCAUUCCACAUUGAAAGAAUGCUGUGCAGCAGUCAGAGGUGAAGUUGUUAUGUCCGUUGAUUCACAAGAUGUUUACAGGUCUCUCAUUUCUCAGAGAGUUCCUGAAGCAUGGUCAAGACACUCAUAUCCAUCGAUGAGACCUCUUUCAAGUUGGUUCAAAGACCUGCUGCAGCGUGUUGAUUUCAUCAGAGACUGGAUAAGAAGAGGCGAACCAACAGUUUUCUGGUUCCCAGGUUUCUUCUUCCCACAAUCAUUCUUAACUGCUGUUUUGCAGUCUCAUUCUAGAAAACACAAAUUGCCGAUUGAUAAACUUUCAUUCAAAUGCGAAGUUUUGAAAGAGUCUCCAGAGAAAAUUGUUCAUCAACCAGAAGAUGGCGCUUACAUUUCAGGCUUGUUCAUUGAUGGUGGAAGAUGGGAUUCAAAGAACUUUGUUCUCUGUGAUAAUGAUACAGAUGUUGUCUACAACGAGUUCCCAUGUGUCCAUAUCAUUCCUGUUGCAGAUUUCGAAUCACCCGAAGCCGACUAUAAAUGCCCAUUGUACAGAACACCAGAAAGAGCAGGUGUUCUGUCAACAACAGGCCAUUCUACAAACUUCGUUGUUGCUCUCAACUUACCAACGAAUUCUAAGCCAGAUAAGUGGACUCUUCGUGGUACAGCUCUAUUAUUAACAACACCAUAUUAA